CAGACGGGACGCGAGCGGAAUAUCCUCCGCCGUUAUCGCUCUGAUAGAAACGAGAGGAGCGGUCGAUAGACUCGGCGCCGGAGACGGCGUCGUGCGUGUGGAACAUCACUUGAGUUCCUCAACAAACUCUGAAACACAAAGCGAAACCAUGGGCAAGGCGGGGAGUAAAGUCCUGAGAGAGGCCGCUGUGGACGGGGUUCAAGACCAGCCAACGCCGGUCGCUCCCGUUAAAUUGGAAGGAGCCACCAAAAGCAGCAAGAUGAAGGUGAAAUGGACCCAGCUGGGUUUGGUGUUCUUCCUCAUUCUGUCGCUGGUGAUGACAGGAUGCUUCUUCUGGCAAUAUCAGCUGCCCAAACUUUUGCCAGAUGAAGGGAUGGGUCGCAACGCCAAAUUAGAAAUGAUGUGUCCUCGCUUCCCCGAGCCUCUGCAGCUGGAACACCCCAUCCCGGGUUUGAAAGAGGCCCUGGAGAAGGUGGACGCGGUGCUUCGGCAGAGCGUGGAUCCCCUCAGCCUCCCCUCGCUGUCGGCCAUCGUGAUCUUAAACGACACGGUUCUGUGGACCGGCAACUUUGGGAAAAGGAACGGCAGCGACCCUCAGUCGGGACCCCCCAACGAGUACACCAUCUACAGAAUUGCCAGCCUAUCAAAGACCUUCCCGACGUUGAUGCUGUACAAACUGUGGGAGGACGGGAAGAUCGGCUCCCUGGACGACCCUCUGGAGAAAUAUCUGGAGAACUUCACCAUCAAAAACCCUCUGGGCAAGACGCGAGACUCGGAGCUCAAAUACGUGACAGAUGGCCUGAUCUUUCUGGACAGCGGGGAGGUCCAGAUCCGCUCCUCCUCCGUCACCCUGCGCAGGAUGGCCAGCCAGCUCUCAGGCCUACCCCGGAGACUCCGCGCCACCAGUCUGCUUUGGAAAGGAAAAACCCAAACGGCAAUCAAUCUGCUGCAAGACGACGUCCUGGUUGCGGACCCAGGCACCAAAUGUCACUACAGCAACCUCGCCUUCUCGCUGCUGACUCACGUGAUGGCCGAGCGAGUGGCCGCCGUCGACUACCAGCGGUGGAUCACGGACAACAUCCUGGACCGGCUGGGGAUGGAGGACACCGGCUUCGACAUCACCCCGGCGCUCCAGGGCCAGAUGGCCGUGGGCGUGUACUCCAACGGGAAGCCGGCCCCGCUCUACGACCUGGGCUGGUACCGGCCUUCGGGUCAGAUCUUCUCCACGGCCGCAGACUUGGCCAAGCUCGCCAUGAUGCUGCUGGGCGCUUACCCCCGCAAGGUGCUGGAGCCGGACUCUCUGAUCAUGCUGACCCCGCUCUUCAGGUGCGAUAAGGACUACUUCGCCAACCGCACUGGGACGCCGUGGGAGGUCAACGAGUUCAUGGGCUACGAGAUGCUGCGAAAAGAUGGCGAUCUGGACGGCUACUCGGCCACGUUCUCCCUGAUACCCAAAAUGAAGCUCGGUCUUGUGGUGCUCAUGGCUGGCAGCCGGUCUCAGAACCAGGACUUGGUGACCCAGGCUUACAGCCACAUCAUACCAGCCAUAGAGAAAGCCUUCAGGGAGGGCAAGAAGGUCCUCUCCCCUCCACCCAACCCAGAAACGUACGUCGGCUUCUUCACCUACAGCAACAUCACCUUCUACGAGAUAAAAGUCGGCUCCGACGGAGUUCUCGUCAUGCAACAGUUCGGGCCUCAGAUCGAGGAGCUGAUCCCGGAGAAGUAUCGGAUGAUAAAGCUCAACUACCUGGUGGACCGGGUGUUCAGGGUGGUCUUCGAGAAAGAGUACCCUUGUGUUCUGCGAGUCGGGACGGCCUCGGUGUCCCUGGAAGCCCAAGAUGGCCAAUUGUUUAAUUUCUACACCUUCGACAAGCGCGGCUUGUCCCCUGGUUUCGACGCACCGGGACUGAACACGUACAACGUGGUGAGAAUCGCCCGCAGGCCGACCUUCUCCGGCUGAACGGCCUCCAAUCAACUCCGCUGGGCUUUGACUGUUGAGAGACCAGAUGAUGACGUCGGGGUUCACCUUGGUAAUCACACAUGGGAUUGUGCUCUUGAUUUACAGAGAGCGCAGAGAGGGACGGCCAUAUGUAAAAAGUCUUGCACAGAAAAUGAACGACUUUCCCUGAGGAAUGAUGUGUGUGUGCUCGUCCUUCAUCACGCCUCCCGACUGAACACAUUAUGAUGAUGAUGAUGUUUUUUCCUGCCUUCAAUUAAACCGAUUUUACAUUCGU